AUGAGUAAUUAGAGUGAUGCAGAGAAAGAAAUGCUUAUUGAAUCUAUGUCAAAAUUAAUAGAACAUAUACAUCAAAAUAAAAUACAUUAAAAAGAAAUAUUUGAUUCUUUAACAACAAAUGAUUUAAAUAAAAUAUUAUCAAAUAUAGAAGAUAAAAAUAUCAAAUUAAGAAAAACUUCUUGUAGGUUUUUAUGUGAAAUUUUAUAUGAAAAUAAUUUAAUUUAGGAAAUUUUUUGUUAAUUAAUUGGGAUUUUAAAUUUAAAUGGGAAAAUAUGUCUAAAUAAAAUCAAUUCUUCCUUUUUUCAACAUUUAAAAUAUUUACCAGAGAUAUUUGAAAAUAUAAAAAAUAGUGAAUAUCCAAAAAACUAAAAUGGAUUAAAUCCACUCUGCUGGUAUGUAUAAGUAAGCAAUAAUGCCUAUAAUAAAGUUUAAUUUAUAUAUCCUUAUGAUAAAAAUAACUCAUUACCAUGUGAAUUUUUAGACCCUUAAGAAUGCAUUUUUGGAAUAUAAAUUGAAAGUUAAUAUAAGCCUUAAAAAGAAUUUUAAAGAGAAUACGUAAAAGAAUAUUAAAAAGAAUUAAAAUCUGUCUCUCCAAUAUAAACGCAUGGAAAAA